GUUAUUCUCUUUAUUGCCUUAAAAAAUUGGGAUGUUGUGAGGAUUUACUGAGGUAAUACAUGCAAACCGCUUAGCCUAGGGUCUGGCACAGAAGUCACUGCUGCAGGAAAAUAAAGUAACAGUCACUGAGCACCCACCACUGUGCCAGGCAGUGGAGAGCUUUCCCAUAGUUUAUGGCAUUUAACUACCAGCAGCCCUAGCAAGGGGUUCGGGAUGCUUCGCGCUGAGCCAAAGGGCAGGCGUGCUGGGGUCCUCACGGACGCGGCGUCCGGCAGGGGGCGCUGGGCAAGCGUCCAGAGGCGCAGGCGCGGCGGCGCGCGCUCCGAUUCCACUCGGUGGCGGAGGGAGGGGGGGCGCUGCUUGUCCUCUCCACUCCGGGCGCGGCUGCCGCCCCCCUCAGGCCAGCUUCAUGAGGACCAAGCACGUGAACGUGCUGAUCGCGGUGGCCGCCUUCGUGCUCUUCAGCUUCUCCUGCUUCUGCAUCUCCAGGAUGACUCAAAUCAGUAAUCAAUUAAUUAACUGUAGAAAUCAUAUUUUGGAAUUUAAGGAGAAAAUUCUACAUCUAAAAAACAAAACUGAAAGAAAUCGCCAAGAGCUGAUCGAUGCUUUGAGAAAAGUCAAGUAUGAAAUGACACAGAGAAAAAAUAUGUCCUUGAACUUAGUUGAGAAGAAAAUUAAUACAUUGGGUAAGAAUGAAACAGUGUCUAAUACAUUUGAAGUCAUAAAGUUCUUUUUUCCUCAUCUAAGGAAAGUUGGCAGAAUUUAUCCUGAUGUAAUCAUUGGCAAAGAGAAAACAGGUGUCUCUUUUGCGCUGGGCAUUUCCACUGUUAGCAGAGGAAAUCAAAGUUACCUGAAGCAAACACUGAAUUCUGUUGUCUCCAGGAUGACCCUCUCAGAGGAGAAGGACUCUGUGGUGAUUGUCUCUGUUGCCGAUAGAAAUGAAGAUUAUUUAAAAUCUGUUGUUGACAUGAUUAAAAAAAGAUUCAAAAGGCAACUGAAGUCUGGAUCCUUAGAAGUCAUUUCAAUACCUGCCUUUUUUUAUCCAAACAUGUUACAUGUCAAGAAGUCAGCUGAGGACUCAGGAAAAUUAGCAAGUUGGCACAUCAAACAAGUACUGGAUUUCUGUUUUUUGAUGCUGUAUGCCCAACCAAAGGCCAUGUAUUAUUUACAGCUAGAAGAUGAUAUCAUAGCUAAAAAGAUGUACUUUACAAAAAUCACAGAUUUUGUCCAUAAUAUCACUUCAAAAAAUUGGUUUUAUAUUGAGUUUUCAAUUCUUGGAUUCAUAGGAAAACUAUUUAAAUCUGAGGACUUAACUGAUUUUGUGCGGUUUUUUUUAAUGUUCUACAAAGAUAAACCCAUAGAUUUGCUCCUGGGGGACAUUUUUCAGGUAAAGAUGUGUAACCCAGGAGAGACUCCUGAAAAAUGUGCGGAAAGAAAUAAGCAAAUUCGUAUUCGUUAUAAACCUUCUCUUUUCCAGCAUGUGGGUAUACAGUCGUCAUUCCCUGGAAGAGAACAAUAUUCCAAAGAUAUUUAUUAUUAGGAUUUCAUAAUUUGAGUACCUUCUUUGAAAAUGAUCAGCAUCAGUGUUUGGGAAAAAAUGAUACAAUGAGGAUUAGUCUUAGUUCUCAACUUUCUUCGUAAUGAAUAAGACACUAUAUCACAUAAAAAAUUAAACCUUUGAUGAUAUACUGAAAAUAAGAAGAUAGUAAGCAUAACAAGAAAAAAUUCUGUAACACAUUGGAACCUCAGACAACCUUGAUUUCUCAUGGCAUCUUUUAGAAAUUACACUAAUAAAAAUGCAUAAUUGUUUGGAAGAGGAGAAAGCAGUAAGCUAGUAGGCCUGAAAUGUUAAGCUACCUCUUAUGUCAAGAGAAAUUAUAGUGUUUAUGUAUGAUAUUUAUACCCUUACUAUUUAAUUUAAUUUAAAAAUAGUAAAGGCAAGGAAGGUUUUGAAAAUUAAGAAAUGAAUUUUGUUGACUUGGAUAGUGAUGCUAUCACAUAAUUUUAAUAAAUAAUAUUUCAGAAAGUUACUAUUGUCAUGGACAGGUUCUAUGUAAAUUGGUAUAUGUUCUUAUCCAUUUUGUUAGGACAUCUAAAGUAAUAGAAAGCACAAUUUAAGCAAGCCUCGGUCUGGUAGUGUGACAGUAUCUUCUUGUCUUUUAAGUAAGUGCGUUUAAAACUAUAAACUUACACCUAAAAUGUCAUUUGAACAGAUUACCAGCCUCUUGAUGUUUAUGUAUUCUGAUAGUCAUUCAGUUCUAAAGAUUUUAUAAUUUCUCUUAUUAAUACUUUCUUAGCUUAUGGG